AUGGCUACCAGCAUCUGUUUCUACACCAAAACCACCAGAAAUUUGGUCAACGGUUGUAGCAAGUCCUUCAGCACCAAAUUUAAGGCCGUCUGUUACGGUUUCAACCCAGCCCGACCAGAAGUGAAUCCUAAUGUAUCAGUUGAUCCAUCAACACCAGCGAUAUGGCCAACAGAAAUUAUUACAACACCAACUUCGCCAGAGAUAUGGCCACCAGCAUCUGUUUCUACACCAAAACCACCAGAAAUUUGGUCAACGGUUGUAGCAAGUCCUUCAGCACCAAAUUUAAGGCCGUCUGUUACGGUUUCAACUCCAGCCCGACCAGAAGUGAAUCCUAAUGUAUCAGUUGAUCCAUCAACACCAGCGAUAUGGCCAACAGAAAUUAUUACAACACCAACUUCGCCAGAGAUAUGGCCACCAGCAUCUGUUUCUACACCAAAACCACCAGAAAUUUGGUCAACGGUUGUAGCAAGUCCUACUGCACCAAAUGAGUGGCCAUCUGUUACAAUUACACCAACACCGCCAGAAGUGGUUCCUACUGCGACUGCAGAUCCAUUACCACCACUUCUGUGGCCAUCGGUAACUGCAACUCCAUCAGCGCCUAAUCCAUGGCCAUCGGUGUCAGUUGCAACUUCAACGGCACACGAUAUAUGGCCAACAGUUACAGCCAAACCUUCUUCAUUUAAUCCGUGGCCAACAGUAACAUUGUCAACUCCAACUCGACCAGAAGGUAUGCCUACUGCGACAGCAACUCCGAUGCCACCAAUCGCUUGGCCUUCUGUAACUGUUUCCAAGCCAACUGCGCCAGAAAUGUGGCCCCUACUGCGACAGCAACUCCGAUGCCACCAAAUGCUUGGCCUUCAGUAA